UGCCGCUGCUUUGUCCUUCACGUUCUCUUCUAGGGUUCGGUAUCAUUCUUGUUCCUCGAGGCGAUGGCGGAUGUGGCGUUGCUGGGUUUCAAGCCGCAGCUGGUUGUGCCGGGGAUGAAGGCGGAGGCGGCUGUGCAGUUCUACAAGGCGGCAUUCGGGGCGGAGGAGAUCGGGAGGGUGACCCACCCGAAGCGCAAGGCGGAACAGGAGUGCCCCCUCAUUCUCUCCGCCGAGCUCAAGAUCGGCUCCUCCUUCAUCCUCGUCAGCGACUGCUUCGACGCUACAGGAGAGGAGAAUGCCGCGGCCGCUGGAGGCGGUGGGAUCGCGUUCCGGCUGGAGGCGGAGGACGUGGACGCGGCCGUGAAGAAGGCGGUGGCUGCCGGUGCGGAGGUCAUGAGCGAGGUGUUGGAGGAGGAAGGCAGCCUUCUCGGGAAGGUGAAGGACCCGUUCGGUGUCGUCUGGGCCAUCGCGGCCGUCGGGAAGAAGAGCCCCGAGCCCGAGGCUUGAUCCGGGCCGUCGACUCUAACCUCUCACUUCCUUAGGGAUGCAUUUAUAGCUGGACUUCAAACUAAUAGAGGCAUUAGCAGUAGCGAAGCAGUUUACGCUAACUCUUCUAUGCUUAAUAUUGAAGACUUAUUAUUUAGGAUGGCGGUUGUCACGGUUGCCGCCGAAGCUUCUCACGGCCACCGACGUUUGAUAUUAUAUUUGAGAUGCUUUAGCCCCUUUUCUUUUGCAGGAAACUAGAAAGACUAGACUUUUGCAGGUGGCGACCGCAUCAUAUUUUUGAUGAUAGUAUUAAUGUUCCAAUGUGAUAUCCAUUCGACACUGAUCACAUAACCUUCGUUUUCUUUUCAGUUAUGGUUUGCAGAUGUCAUGAGCUAUCUGCUUGCUUCGUUCUUUACUGUCUUUUAGAUGUUCGUUCAAUGUUCAGGGGACCACGAAGAAAAGGUUUUGGGAAGGCUGCUCUGUUCUUGGGGAAAGUUGCAUGCUUGCGUUAAUAUGUACAUCUCAUUAAUGCUUUUUAGGGGCAACACCUAAUUGGUUAUCAUGCUUAUUUUUGUGUUGGUUAUGGUUGCCUGUUCUUUAAUCAGGCACGAACUUAUUAUUAUUAGCUUGUCUGCUUCGGUGCCAUUGCAUUUGUU